AUGAAGGACUUCAGAGUCCUCUCCUUCUGGCCUUGGGGCAUCAUCAAUCUCCUCAUCGCCGUCCCUAUCUCUGCGACUAAUGGCAACAUGCACUCCGCGAGCAUUCCUCAAGACCACGUUCAGCUUGUUCGUCGUCAAGAUCAAUCGAGUUCUAGCGGGACCCCCGCUCUUUUCGAAGACGCAUCCAAAUACCCUUCCUUCCCAUCAAAAGAUACAAGCCCGGACUCCACAUCCACGAAAAGCAGCAUCGAAUUCACCGUCUCAGGGCAAACACUGGCGCAAGAUGUCGAGUGUAAAACUUGUUCUGCUCAAGGCGACAUCUCUAUUCAAGAGGCCAGUGAUAGUAGCAGUGAUAAAGACUCUUCCAAAUGGUCUCUCCUAGCUUCAACCACUGGUAUCUCGGCACAUGUUGAACUCGGAGCGAAGCUUAGACCUGCCGCAGAUUUGUUGUCAUUCGAGGUAUCAGUGAACGAGAUUGAGCUGGAUGCAAUUGAAGUUGGUGGGCUCGUUGUGGUGGCACCAAAAAUUGUUGUGGAGGUCGUCGGGAUUGCUAACGUGUCUGCGGAUGUAGACUUUUCGGGAGGGUUUGACUUCACGGUACCCGACGAGGCGUCUAUCAGCAUUACCAUUAAUGGAACAGACUUAGAUGCGAGUAUUCAGGGCUUCAAUGGCACAAAAAUAACUCAGCUCCCCUUCAGCGCCAACAUCUCCAAUCCCGAAAUAUCAAUGUUUUUGGGGCUACGUUUCAACCUCCUUCUGGCUGUGAGCCCAUUAUCCAGCCUGCUACCUUCAGUCUAUGCCGGCAUAUACAUAAACCUUCCCGACGUCAUUAUCUCCUCUUCACUAGUGAGUAACAGGAAUGCAAACUGCGAGGAAAUAACAUCAGAUGAAACGGAUGCUGCUUUGCGAGUCCCCUUUCCGAACUUGUUGUUCGUCAACUCUACGGCUUUUGCCGAUAUCGGCGGUACAAUUGGAUAUGAUAUCCCGGGAAAGGGAUUUGACUUCAAGGAUGCAGAGCUCGACGGAGAGGUAGAAUUUGCAUUACCAAGUCAGUGCUUGGAGUGGAGCACCUCUUCUGAAGGGGGUGGAAGAUUUGGCAAGCCAGAUACUGAAGCUCUCACGAAAGGGAAGGCCGAUACCGACUUAGCAACAGCUUCUACGACAGGAGCCGCGCAGGGUUCUUCUCCGACUUCUGGGUCUUCUUCUCAGAGAUCGAGCAAUGCUGCUGGCAAUGUUUUGAUUGUGUGGAAUGACAUGUCCAUUGCCUAUAUAGCAAUGUUGACUCUGGUGUUGGCGGCUUUUGGUGCUGCCCUGUAA